AGAGCCACGAGAUUUAAAGCUAAAUUAAGCAGUGCCAAUACGAACGGCAGCGGGGAAAAAACAGGAUCAAGUGGCGCCAGUACGAAGAUCUCGUGUAAGGGGCGUAACAGACGUAGUUUAUUUAAGCGGACUCCUUUCAAGACGCCUUUGGCUCAAGCUACAACACAUUCUGUGGAAAGCGUAUUCCAUAAAGGGUCCUAUCUGCAAGUAGGGGAUAUUGUAUCUUUAGUGGAUAGCGAAAAUAAUGUAUAUUAUGCCCAAAUACGCGGACUGCUCGUAGACAGCUAUUCUGAAAAGUCGGCAUUCUUAACCUGGUUAAUACCUACGCAAGAAAGUCCCGAUCCCAGGGAUGGCUUCGACGCUGCGACUUAUUUAAUUGGCCCCGACGAGGAAUUGUCACGCAAAUUAUCCUGCUUAGAAUUUGUGAUGCAUGCGCCUAGUAAUUACUACUUGGAUCGCACUACACCCUUUCCUCUUCCCGAUGAUAUGGAAUUUGACUCAAAGCCAGGCGGCUAUAUAUGGACAACACUGCCUGAAGUGCAUAGAAAUAAAUCGACGGAAAUUUAUUAAAAAAAUACUUUAAUAAACUAAAUGCAUAAAUGCUACAAACAAUGACUAAAGGGGAUUUUAAUAAUCUUAGUGGUGCUGGAAAACCUUUGUCGAAUGCACAAACGCAAAAUCCCUACUUGGAUUUCACUACCCAUAAGCUGAAUAAAAUUUUACUGGACAAUGGCUUUACACCGGAACGGAUUACGUUGCAACGAGACGUAAGACAAGC